AAAAUACAUUCUUUUAUUGUUCUUCCAAGUCGUUAACCGUUUAGCCUUAAUCAUCUGCAGUCUGUGUGGGAAUAGGUCUUUUAAAGAUCACUGAACUUGGCUUGAUUUGAAAUCAGAGUAGAAUUCAUUUCAUUUAAUGUGGGAAACCUUCUUUUGAGAAAUUCGACACAAACUGGCUUCUUUGCCUCUUUGAAUUGAAAAAGAACACCAUAGAAAAACACAGCCAGAUGCACAAAUGUCUGCUCCUGGGUUAGAUUGCCAUAAGCUUUAUGACUCUUUCUCUGCAGUUAUUGGUCAUUGAAAUAACCUUAGCAAGUCAGUGUGAAUGAAUGCAUUUCAGGUUGCAGUCACAGAGAUGUAACUAGGCUAACCAUAAUGGGUACCCCUGUGAUAAGUUUUAUCUUUGCUGCUCAUUGUGAUAAGCAUGAUUGAUGGUUUUAGGAACACUUAAUAGAUUUUUGUGAGGUGGAAAUGUUAAUAAGUCCGUGAGGCCACUGGUGUGUAGAAGUGAUCUGUGAAGGAAUAAAUUCCUUCAGUUCCCACAUCAGCAUAUCACCAAAGAACCACACUGUGGGUAGUUUGGAAUGUUACAGAUCUCCUCAAGGAGCAGUUCAGAAUGGUUUCUAAGAGUGCUCACUCAGAAUCUCGGUGCAUGGGUUUGGCUGGCAUGGAUUUGGGCAGAGCAGGCCAAAAAGAGCUAAUUGAGGUGGGGGGAAAAUCGAGAGAACAGGCCGUAAUGGUGAAUAGAGUUAUUUGUCACCAAGUUUGUAAUAGGAUUUUCAAUUAAUUCAUGCAGGCAUCCAGUGCCUUACAUUAGCCCUGUCAAGAUGAACUACAGCCACAUCUAAAACGCCAUCCCCUAUUAAACGGUGCAUGUCUGUGAAUUUGUAAUUUCUUCUCUUCAACCAGAAGAUGAAUGGAUUCCACUCAGAAAACAAAUGUGGGCUUCAGAAGUACACGUUUCAAAACCCCGAACACUUCCUAGGAGGAGCAUUCUUUGCAUUGUUCUACAGUGAAUAUGUAUUAAAAUGUAAUUGCUAUGUGAAUUCGUCCAAAAAGAAAGGCAUUCAGCUGCAUGGAGACAAAUGCAUUUUCAGGUGCUGUGUUUCCCUGGCGAACAGGCUUUUCAUUCUGGGUGAUGAUGAUGAUGAUGAUGAUAGUUCGCGCUUGUAGCACUUGCUGCCUGCUGGGCCAUUUGUAGUGGUUUUCAUACAUUCAUUCACUGAACCCUCACGACAACCCAGAUGAAGAAAAUGAGGCACAGAAAGGUCAAGCCGCUCAAGAUCACACAGCUUGGUAUACCUCAGUUACCAUGUGCCAAAGCAUUAUACAACUACGAAGGGAAAGAGCCUGGAGACCUUAAAUUCAGCAAAGGUGACAUCAUCAUUCUGCGGCGACAAGUGGAUGAAAAUUGGUACCACGGGGAAGUCAACGGGAUCCAUGGAUUUUUCCCCACCAACUUUGUGCAGAUUAUCAAACCGUUACCUCAGCCCCCACCUCAGUGCAAAGCACUUUAUGACUUUGAGGUGAAAGACAAGGAAGCAGACAAAGAUUGCCUCCCAUUUGCAAAGGAUGAUGUUCUGACUGUGAUCCGCAGAGUGGAUGAAAACUGGGCUGAAGGAAUGCUGGCAGACAAAAUAGGAAUAUUUCCAAUUUCAUAUGUCGAGUUUAACUCGGCCGCUAAGCAGCUGAUAGAAUGGGAUAAGCCUCCUGGGCCAGGAGCUGAUGCUGGAGAAGGCACCUCGGCAGCAGCUCAGGGCAGCACUGCCUCAAAGCACUCCGACACCAAGAAGAACACCAAAAAGCGGCACUCCUUCACGUCCCUCACCAUGGCCAACAAAUCCUCCCAGGCGUCCCAGAACCGCCACUCCAUGGAGAUCAGCCCCCCUGUCCUCAUCAGCUCCAGCAACCCCACGGCCGCCGCGCGGAUCAGCGAGCUGUCCGGGCUCUCCUGCAGCGCCCCUUCUCAGGUUCAUAUAAGUACCACCGGGUUAAUUGUGACCCCACCCCCAAGCAGCCCAGUGACAACUGGCCCUUCGUUCACAUUCCCAUCAGAUGUCCCCUACACAGCUGCACUUGGAACUAUGAACCCUCCUCUGCCCCCGCCCCCUCUCCUGGUCUCCACACAGCCUGGCGCUGCUGCUGCUGCUGCUGCUGGAACAGGACCCAGGCCCACAACGGGGCCCACUGACCAGAUUGCACAUUUACGACCUCAGACUCGCCCCAGCGUGUAUGUUGCUAUAUAUCCAUAUACUCCCCGGAAAGAGGAUGAGCUGGAGCUGAGAAAAGGGGAGAUGUUUUUAGUGUUUGAACGUUGCCAGGAUGGCUGGUUCAAAGGGACAUCGAUGCAUACCAGCAAGAUCGGGGUUUUCCCUGGUAAUUAUGUGGCACCCGUCACAAGGGCGAUGACAAAUGCUUCCCAAGCUAAAGUUCCUGUGUCUACAGCUGGUCAGACAAGUCGGGGGGUGACCAUGGUCAGUCCCUCCACUGCAGGAGGGCCUGCCCAGAAGCUCCAGGGAAAUGGUAUGGCCGGGAGUCCCAAUGUGGUCCCCACAGCAGUGGUGUCAGCAGCUCACAUGCACACGAGUCCUCAGGCUAAGGUCUUGUUGAACAUGACGGGGCAGAUGACAGUCAACCAGGCCCGCAAUGCUGUGAGGACAGUUUUGGCACACAACCAAGAACGCCCUACGGCAGCGGUGACGCCCAUCCAAGUACAGAACGCCAGCGGGCUGGGCCCUGCGUCUGUGGGCCUGCCCCAUCACCCCUUGGCCUCCCCACAGCCUCCGCCUCCGAUGGCUGCCAUCAAUAUGGGUCGCAGCGCCCCCUUAGCCUGUGCUGCAGCAGCUUCGAUCACCUCCCCCAGCCUCACCUCCACCUCCCUGGAGACGGAGCCCAGCAGCCAGAUAAUGGCCAUUCUCUCUGGACUUCCCGCCUCUCCUGACAGUGCUUCAUCAGCUUGUGGGAACAGUUCAGCAGCCAAACCAGACAAAGAUAGUAAAAAAGAAAGAAAGGGUUUGUUGAAGUUGCUUUCUGGCGCCUCCACCAAACGGAAGCCCCGAGUGUCCCCUCCAGCCUCACCCACCCUGGAGGUGGAGCUGGGUGGUGGUGGCGGUGGCAGCGAGUUGCCUCUGCAGGGAGCAGUGGGUCCGGAGCUGCCGCUAGGGGGCGCCCACGGCAGGGCGGGCUCCUGCCCCAUGGAUGGAGAUGGUCCCGCCCAGGCGGUGGCUGUGGGAGCAGCUCUGGCCCAGGAGGUCCUUCAUCGCAAGACUAGCUCCCUGGACUCUGCCGUUCCCAUCGCCCCACCUCCACGACAGCCGUGCUCCUCCCUGGGCUCCGUCAUGAAUGAGUCUAGGCCUGUUGUGUGCGAAAGAUCUCUAGAGGAAAAGACUGUGACGACGGCAGCCAGCGCUGUCAGAGAAAGAAGCCUCCGCAUGAUAGGAAGACUAGAAGAGCCUCACAGUGAGGAAGGAGGGGCCUUGAGGUGUGUUGACAGGUCCUGGUGUCAGCUGAGAGGAUUCUCUGAGGAACAAAAGGAUUCUUUUGUGUUUGUCUGAGAGACUGAAGAAAACAAGCAAGAAAUAACGCUCUAUCCCGGAGGCAGCAAAUGUAUAAUUGAUGACAGCAAAAAUAAUAGAGCAAGUAUUUGGGGCUCUACUUUAGACGGAUUGAGGGGAAAAAAAUAAUCAGAAAUUGCAAACAGAAAGUGGAAAUAAAAUAUUUCAGAAGAGAUGGCAAAUAAAAGAAAGCAUAUAUGACAACUUUUUUUCUUCUUCUAAAAAACACAUACAUAAAGGGCUUAAGGAGACACAGCAAGUCAUCUCUGUGUAUAUUUGUAAGUUUAGGAAUUAAAUUGAUAGCCACAUACCUAUAAGCCCACCUCCUAAAUUAGAAAAGAACCUGUGAUCUUUGAUCAGGGAUUAAACGAAAAUACUUGGAAACAUACAAAUUGGAUAGAUUGGAUUUACAGAAAGGUAGUCAGCUUAACCAGCACAAUCAAUUUAAGUCGGUGACAAUGAACCCACGGGGUGAAGCAAUGGACAUAAUUUGCUUGGACUGCAAGCAAACUGCAGAGAGAGCUCGUAUGGUUUUGCUAGUAAAAUAUACUUAAUUGGCUGUUAGAUUGUUAUAGCAACUAACAGAAAGCAGUGAAUGGUUACCCAUCCAGACCAGGGUAAUGGGCAGAUGCUUCCAAGAGCCACCGGGGACCCAAUUUGGGCUAUACCAGGGGAGAUUAGAAACAAAAAUGUAUCAACGACAGAGAAUGCAAGAGAGGCCAGAAAAAAUAAAGGAAAUGGAAAAUGUAUACUAAUAAAGAUUGCAAGUGCCCAUUUAGAUCGAAGCCAGAACACCACAGCCCAAACCAGGAAGGUGGGCAUUGGGAAGCCAGUGGAACUUCUUUACAUAGCAAACUUCUAUUCCUCCCAUUCCACACGGAAACUGUCGCCAGAAACUGAGCCAGGGUCCACCAGCCACAAGGGGCAGAGGCCCAUUCACAGCCGCGUCUGUGAGCCACACUGCCUCCCAGGGGCUCCAUUCAAGGGAGCAGGGGGUACUUUCCAACAACCACAGUACCAUUUUUCUCUAAUCUUUCCAUUAUUUUUAUUCACUCAUUCAUUCAUUCAUUCAUUUAUUUUUAACAUCGUGAUGAAAAUAUACAUAAAAUAUGCCAUUCCUUCCAUUUCAAAUUCAGUGGCAUUAAGUACUUCCACAAUGUUGUAUAACCAUCACCACGAUCCAUUUCUAGAAUUCUUUCAUCAUUUUAAACAGUUUCAUCUUAAACUGAAACUCUGCGCCCAUUAAACACUAACUGCCCAUCCCCUCUCCCAGCCCCCGUCAACCACUAACUACUUUCUGUCUCUAUGAGCUUGACUAGUCUGUGGAUGUGUGAAAUUGGGUGAUAUUAUCCUUUUCUGGGUGGCUUACUUCACUUAGUAUAAUAUUUCAAGAUUUAUUCAUGUUGUGUACUAUGUGUCAGAAUUUCAUUGCUUUUUAAGGAGCUUUAUACAUUUUAAAAAGUAGUUUUGCUGUAUAAUGAGGCCUUUCCUUUUUGUCAUUCAGCAUGCUUAUUAAGAAUUAUCAUAUGUACUGUGCUAAGUAGCAUGAGACAUACAAGUGAAUUAUCAUCAUCUCACCCCUCAAGCAGCUUACAGUCUAGUAGAAUAAAUGUGCUAGGGAUGUAGAUGGCAAUAAUACCAUGUAGACUGGGCCAAGUGCCAUAAAAAACAUACAUGAGCCCUGGCCGGUUUGGCUCAGUGGAUAGAGCGUCGGCCUGUGGACUCAAGGGUCCCAGGUUCGAUCCCUGCCAAGGGCAUGUGCCUUGGUUGCGGGCACAUGCCCAGUAGGGAGUGUGCAGGAGGCGGCUGAUCGAUGUUUCUCUCUCGUCAAUGUUUCUGGCUCUCCCUUCCUCUCUGUAAAAAAGUCAAUAAAAUAUAUUAAAAAAAAAAACAAACAUACACGAGGCCUCUGGAAUCUGGUCAAGCAUGAAAUUACUUCCAGUCAUGGGCCUUGAGAAGGUCUCACCAGGGAGAUUUGGAGGGCCUGAUUGGGUCUGGAUGGGCAGAGAGGUUGUCAAAGGGAGUUCCCCAUGAGUUAACGCCUUUUUAACUCACUACAGUCCAUGAGCCAAGGUAUGGAGUCGGGGAGGUAAAGGUCAUAUCUGGGGGACGUGUUCAGGUUUAGACAAGUGUUUGGUCCGCUCAUGGAGAUAACAGUAACUACAGCUAUGAAGAGGAGGCCGGGUCAUUGAGGGCCUGAGGAUUAACCUUGCAGGCAUUGAGAAGAUGGGAACGAUUUUUGAGCGACAGAUAGCUGCCAAUGGAGUUGACAGUUAAGGAAAUGAACGUGUUCAGUGUAGAAUGGAGUGGGGCCCGGAAGAGAUCUGAGGCAGGGAGGACAGGUAGGUUAUUUGCCCAGGUGGGAGGUAAUGAGUUCGUCCACAAAUGAUGGUGGCCGUGACCAUAACGAGGAAUGGAUGGGGUGCAGAUUUUGAGGGUGGAUCAGCAGGUCCCACGGAGGUCAUGGGAGAGAAGUCUUUGACUCCGGAGGUUCAGACCUUCCCAAAAGCCCUAUCCCACUGAAGACAAGCAUGAUCCGAGUGAGGCGCAGGGUGCAGCCGCAGACGGGAAGGGCCGCCACAGCUGCGCCUCACAUCUGUUUGUUGGUCUGUAAACUUUCUACUUGGCAAACCCGCUCUGUGCCUGAGAUGGCUGGCCAGUUGUGCCCAGGAUUUGGCUUUAAGAGUUCGUAUUAGAAAUCUGUAUGCAAACUACCUCGCAAGGCUCCAGGCCAGAAUCGGAGCUGGACGAUUUCUAAGUAGAGUCUGUGCCUGCUGCACCUGGGAGUCUUCAUGCAAUCAAGGCUGUGUCACAGUUUCCAUUAUGCGCAUGGUGUCUCCUUCCACCCCCCAGAGGCUUAGAACUUAGCAGCGAAAAUGUGCUUCCCCUGGGAACGGAGCAGGAAGAUUAUGUUCUUAGCCCGGCAGCAGUUAUAGUUCAAAAAAAUGUUGACAAAAUUGGUUUAGUGCAUUUUGUAAGAUGCAAAUAUUCAUCUAAUUCACUUCAAGUUUCUCGAGAACUAUUUUUGUUUCAUUUUCCCUUGAAGGCAGCUCGCAGAGAACUGGUGGGGAGCACAUUUCAUCAAACAUCUACUCUGAAUGGGAUCUGAGUCACUUGUGCACUUUUUCCCCCAGAAUUAUAAAGCUUUGUUUAAAUUUUAACUUUCCCCAAAUGGCAACUAUUUACAUUGCUUUUUAUAUGGAAUUUUAGCAUGUUGGCAACAGACUUGAGAAAUCUCAUUUGGAUUCCUUCCUUUAGAUAAGUCCAAGAAGAAAGUAUUGGUCUUGCUUUUACAGAUGUAAAGGUUUAGAAAGAAUUCCAAAACCUUAAACUAUACCAUUCUAAAGUUUGUCAAGUCUCAUUAUCAGGCAGUUUUCCUUUAGUGUUCUGAAUCUGUUUCUUGGGUAGAGGUGGCCAGCUUCUGACUGGCCCAUUCAUCUCCUUGGAGCACCAGGCCCCUGCCUGCUUUGGCCGAAUGCUCAUGCUGGGGUGUGAACUACGUGAGCAUCGCACUUAUGAUCUCACGACAUUACGUGAUAACACCUGUUUAACUCACUGCAGUCCUACUCUACAGACAAGGAAACUGCGACCAAGACAUGUGAGGUAAUUGGCCCGAAGUUAAUCUGCUCCCAAUGACCUCUACGGCUGUGUUAGGCCCCAGGCCAGGGCUCUCCCCAAUGCCAUGCCUCCGCCCUCAUCCCAUGU